UUAGUUUUUUCACCCAUUUACACAGCCCAAAAUGUCAGACACAGGACAAACACAAGCAGCCGAGGGGACCGAAUUGGUGCCAACCAGCAAUGGACAAGUCGUUCCCGAAGGCCAGAAAAAGGUCAAAAAGAUAAUACGCGUGAAGAAGAAGCGACCGGCGCGACCUCAGAUUGACCCGGCUCUAGUCAAGUCGGAGCCACCACCGCAAACGGGCACGACUUUUAACAUCUGGUACAACAAAUGGUCCGGCGGCGACCGUGAAGACAAAUACACCUCCCAGACGGCUGCCAAGGGUCGAUGCAAUGUGGCAAAAGAUUCGGGAUACACAAAAGCCGAUCAGACGACAGGUUCUUACUUCUGUCUAUUCUUUGCGCGCGGCGUUUGCCCCAAGGGCCAGGAUUGCGAGUACCUCCACCGGCUGCCGACGCUUCACGACCUUUACAGUCCCAAUGUAGACUGCUUCGGCCGCGACCGCUUCUCCGACUACCGCGACGACAUGGGCGGCGUGGGUUCCUUCAUGCGACAGAAUCGGACAAUUUACGUCGGGCGGAUCCACGUCACGGACGACAUUGAGGAGGUGGUGGCCAGGCAUUUUGCCGAAUGGGGUCAGGUCGAGAGGAUACGGGUAUUGAACCAACGUGGUGUCGCCUUUAUCACCUACACAAACGAGGCCAAUGCGCAGUUUGCAAAGGAGGCCAUGGCUCACCAGAGUCUCGACCACAACGAGAUUCUCAACGUGCGUUGGGCCACGGCGGACCCAAACCCAAUGGCCCAGGCUAGAGAGGCUCGGAGGGUGGAGGAGCAGGCCGCCGAGGCGGUGCGGAGGGCACUCCCAGCUGAAUUUGUGGCCGAGAUCGAGGGAAGGGACCCUGAGGCGAGGAAGAGGAGAAAGAUGGAGAGCUCAUACGGGUUGGAUGGUUACGAGGCCCCUGAUGACGUUCACUUUGCCAGGGGUGCGCAGGCCGUCAACCCGGUUGGCAGGAGGGGUUUUGAUGAUCAGCUAAUGUUGGAAGGUGGUGAUGAACAGGUCCCUGCAAGGGAGGCCUUGUUUGGAGCCCAAGGGAAUGGGAGUCACAAUGAGGAUGGAGGGGGGAUAUUCUCGAGCAGCACGUUGGCGGCGCUCAAUUCAGCACAGGUCAAAGUCUCUGCCCAGCCAAAGCAGGCUGCGACCACGGGGCCGUUGGUGGCAUAUGGAAGUGAUAGCGAGGAUGAUUGAUUAGUCUAGCCACACAGUAGCUGAUGCCUCUCCCAGCCGCGAGGCAAUCUCUCUAAACGCCAUCGUACAAACGCUGCAUGAAUCAAAUAAUACCCACAUCAAAUUCCGUCUCAACUGUUGAAAAUACGCGAAUACAACAACUCGUGCCGUCCAACCCACAAAUCCAUCACCGGCACCGUCUGGCACGCGUCCUCAACCUCGGUAUCCCACUCUCUCUGCACUGCAAGGUCGACCAGCCUCCGUACCUCAUCCCCAGCCAGCAGCCGCUGGGCCUGGUAGGGACCAAAGACGCCGGCACGCACGGCCGCCGACGCCAACGCCUUGACGUGGCCCAGGAC